AUGGACUCGGAGAAUUUUCGAAGCGCGGCACAUUCAGCUAUCGAUGAAAUAAUUGACUACUUCGAUUCGGUCCAAGAUUUGCCUGUGCUUUCAGAAGUCAAACCUGGAUACUUGAAGCCUUUGCUCCCAGAUGGGCCUCCUCACGAGGGGGAAGCUUGGGCCGAUGUCCAACGAGAUAUUGGAUCCAAGAUAAUGCCAGGCCUCACGCACUGGCAAUCUCCCAAUUUCAUGGCCUGGUUCCCAACUGCCGUAACCUAUCCUUCCAUACUAGGAGAGCUCUAUUCAGCUGCGUUGUCGGCUCCAGGUUUCAAUUGGCAAUGCUCGCCUGCUAUGACUGAAUUGGAGACCAUCGUACUCGAUUGGAUGGCGAAACUUUUACACCUGCCUGAUUGCUUCCAAAGCAGCGAAAAGGGCGGGGGUGUCAUUCAAGGCAGUGCCAGUGAAGCUGUCGUUACGGUCAUGGUUGCAGCAAGGGAGCGAUAUAUCAACAGGGCCUGUAGCAACUUAGUGGGUGAAGAGAAAUGUUGUAGAGAGACGUACUUGAGAAAUCAUCUAGUUGCGCUUGGAAGCGAGCAAAGCCACAGUAGCACGGCCAAAGCGGCCAUCAUAGCCGGCGUCAAAUACAAGGCCAUUCAUACCGAGCUAGAUGACAGCCUUGCCGUCACUGGGACUUCGUUUCAGCGCAUGUUAGAAGAGUGUAAACAAGAGGGUCUUGAACCCUUCUUCAUAACCGCCAGUAUCGGGACGACUCCAACGUGCGCUGUGGAUGACAUAUCAGCUAUAGGCACCAUCAAUGAGGCGAUAUCCACCGAUAAUGCACUUUGGAUCCACAUAGAUGCUGCAUGGGCUGGCUCUGCCCUGGUUCUUGAAGAAUAUGCGCACCUCACGAAAGACUUCGAGCUUGUCGAUAGUUUCGACAUGAACAUGCAUAAAUGGCUCUUGGUCAACUUCGAUUCAUCCUGCCUGUUCGUGAAGGAUAGAAGGGACCUAACGAACGUUCUUUCUUUGACUCCUUCUUACCUACGUACUGAAUACACCGGUCUUGUGACUGACUAUCGUGACUGGCAAAUUCCACUUGGUCGUAGAUUUCGAUCGUUAAAGAUAUGGUUCGUCCUUCGCACGUAUGGAGUCAACGGCUUGAAAGCGCACGUAAGGAGGCAUAUCGAACUAGCAGAACGUUUCGCGGACUGGCUUCGAGGGAGACCUGACUUAUUCAAUAUCGUCGUGCCGCCUGCAUUCGCGCUGACAGUCUUUACUAUUGUGACCCCAGUUCUGAUGCAGGGAUCUCAUGGUGAUACACCAAACGGGACCACGGACACACGUGUCGCUGAAGGUUUACGGUCCGCUGAUGCGGUCCCCGCCACAAGCUAUAGAUUGCGGGAAAUGGCAAAUGAUCUGACCAAAGAAGUCUAUCAGCGCAUAAAUGAGUCCAGGAAGCUCUUUCUGACCAGUGGCGUGGUGAAUGGCAUCUAUGCCAUCAGGCUAGUCAGCGCCAAUGAACACACGAAUGAGGCGAGUAUGCGUUCCGCAUUUGAUCUGAUUGUGAAGAUCACAGAAGAAGUCGUGAAUCCUUCCGAAUGA